CCCAUGCUUGUGUUUGUUGUGAACAGUGCCCUGAGGCUGUCUCCUACGUAACUCCUGGAAGCUGCUUCCCUCCCUGUGAUUUUUGGCCUUGGUACAAAUGCCAUCUGUCCCUGUCCAUGCGCAGGGUUUGCAGGCGUCUGGCAGUGGGUUGCUGGGACGCCGUCUGAAAUCAAAACCAUGUGCAGCAUCCCCGGAGUGGAAUGCUUCACCUUCUGCAUGAUUAAUGUACAUUCCGGGAAACCCCACUAAAAUCUGUCACUUGCUGCAUGAUUCUAGGCCUAGAGGCUGCCGGCUGAGAAAUCCGCGGUCUCUGCUGAUGUGUCUGCCCUGUGAGCCCUAGACAGUGUCUCCAUGCAAACAGUAGCUCCGUUCCUUUAUUUUUAGCCAUGUCCUCUGGACUGUGACCGAGCCCUGUCUUGUCCAGCUGGCUCCUGUGAAAAGAAAUUAGGGUCACUAAAAAUAUACCAGAUAGUCAACAACUUGUCUUCAGGCUGGGCUUCCUCUGCUGCAGGAAUUCUGUCCUCUGAAAUCUUGCCGUGCGCACGGGAUGUCCUCACUGCGGGAGUGGUGUCAAGACUGACGUGAGACGCCUCGCAGGUGAGCUGGGAAAUGAAGACGUUGAGGUCUGUGGUUCUCUCCUUGGCUUCUCUUUGGGCUCUCGCCUUGCUGGAAACUUCUCAGGUAACUGAAUUCCUCCAGCUGAAUUCUCUCCGCCGUCCCCUCAUUCCCGUAACCUGUCUCUGUCCCGGCGGCUCAGGUACGUGGCGUCUCAGAGGGUCACAGCCGGUGGGAGGAGAGAGGAGGGCCCGUCUGUAGAGAGCCAGCCCGCGACUGUGGCUGUUUGUUCACUGUGUGAGAUGCCAGCAGGCUGUGCAGUUGGGAAUGGCACCCGACUCUUUCGAUGACCAAUACACUGGCUGCACUGAGGAAAUGGAAAGGGAUAUUGCACCUCGCCUGCUAGAGGAGGAAAAAGCCAGACACCCGCUGCUGGGCUCUAUGUGGGGAAACCUAUCGGCUGUUUGGGCAAUUAAGAAGAAAAGGCUUUCUGUGCCCGAGGGCUUUAGGGAUGAACAUGGCAUAGCCAUCCUGGUCUACACUGAUUCCUCCAAGCCACUGUACUGGGAGUUGAACAAGGCAGUGAGAGAGGCUGGGGUCUCCCGAGAUAACUACAUGAGCAAUUUCCACUUCAAAGCUCUCCAUUACUAUCUGACGAGAGCCCUGCAGCUCUUACGGGCUGACUGUGGCCCCCUGUUCAGACGCCAGCUGUUCCGGGGAGUCCGAUCCAUCCGCUUUGAGCCCAGCGGGGCAGGUAUGUUCCGGUUCGGACAGUUCACCUCUUCCUCGCUGGACAUGGCUUUAGCUCGGAGUUACGGCAACGCCACGUUCUUCACCCUGCGCUCCUGCUUCGGCGUCCUCAUCGAGUCGUUCUCCGCCAUCCCUUCCGAGCGAGAAGUGCUGAUCCCCGGGAGCGAAGUGUUCAACAUCUCCAGCUUCUCCCGGGAGGGGAACUGCAGCGUCUUCCUCCUGCACAGCAUGAACCGGACCUGCAGCCAUUACAACUGCGCCUACCUUGGGGGAGAGAAGUCUCCAGAAUGUGUUGACAACACAGUUGCAGGUAGGAGCGUCAGGGUGUCCGGCAACAUGAGCCCUGCGUUCGUCGGUGGAAUUGUCCUGGUCAACAUUGCUGCUCAGAAACUCUUCGCCAAUUUCAAACUCAUCUUGAUUUUGUAAAAAAAAAAAAAGUACUCAAAAAAAAUAAAUGGAGGUGGGGUCCUUU